UGAAAUGGCCUGAUUUCAAUUGGAAGCUUUAGCGGAUCAACCAAUGCUCCUCUAGCCGACAACCCGCAACUCAACUCCCUUCAAUUGUGGACUUGAAAGCUCGACCAACGUUCAACACAGCUCAAGUCACAUUCAUCUCCAUUCAAAACCGGCAGGAUGUAUGCCACGCGAUCCCUCAGAAUGUUCCGCCCUACGGCUCGCAUGAUGCGGCCCGUACCUAAGGAAGAGCAGGCUGCUCAUACCGUCUCCCAACGUCUGCGGCGCCUCCGAAGGAUCCCGCCCGAGCUUUUGCCUCUUGGUGUCGUCGUGAUCUUCGCUCUCGGCGCUGCCAGCUACUCGAGCCUCCGCCACUUCCUUACCGACAAGACCAUGCGUCUCAAGCGCCAGAACCGCGCCGCAGACAAUGCGGAACAUCAUUGAUAUUGAAAUCGGCGAGACGAAGACAAGGGGCUGGCGUUCACACUUGAGAGAGAAUAUUUGUACAUGAUGUUCAGAAUACAGCCGUACGCACUGGACCGAGGAUUCCAUUUUCCCUGAUGGCUUUGAUGUUUCAAAACUUGGCCAAAACUUUUCACCAUAACGCCGCUGUCAUGCUAGAAAACCACCCUGGGAUCCCCCCCCCCAAAAAAUGGCUCAACUCCAUUA